AUGGAAUCGUCCUCUAUUCUUGUUGUUCUGUUGUUCAUACUUCCGCUAGUAUACUUGUAUUUUCAUAAAAUCAGGCUGAGCUGUAAGUCCAAAAGACUUCCUCCUGGAAGAACAGGAUGGCCAAUUCUAGGCGAAAGUUUGGAGUACUUGUCCAAAAUCCAACAAGGUAUCCCGUAUGAAUUCGCCAAGGAACGAAUGAACAAGUAUUCUUCCACGGUUUUCAGGACAUCAUUGAUUGGACAGAAUAUGGUGAUGUUCUGUGGUGCUGAGGGGAACAAAUUCCUGUUUUCCAAUGAGAAAAAGCUGGUUCAGGUUUGGUGGCCGUGCACGAUGGACAUGAUAUUUCCCAAGUCGGAUAACAGGCCUAGUAGCGAGCAUUCGAAAAAGUUAAGAAAGAUGCUUCCGGUUAUUCUCAGGACAGAUGUACUCAGAGAAUUUGUUGGUACUAUGGAUGCAAUAAUGAAAGAUCAUCUGCAGAAGUACUGGAAUCGCAAAAAUGUCAAUGUUAGCGAUUUGGCGAAAAAAUACCUGUUAACUUUGGCAUGUAGUACUUUUUUAGGCAUUGAUGAUGAAAGGAAGGUUGAUGAACUUGCGAAAGGAACAGAGGACAUUGGAAGUGGUAUUCAUUCCAUGCCCUUCAAUCUGCCAGGAACGGCUUUAAAUCGAGCUAUCAAAGCUUCCAAGAUUAUGCGUAAAGAAGUUGAGGCGAUGAUUCACCAAAGAAGAAUUGAUCUGUCGGAAAACAAUAGUCCUUCGCCUUCUCCAAAAGAUUUCAUGUCUCAUAUCCUUCUGGAGAAAGAUGAUAAUGGUCAGUUCUUAAGUGAUGGAGACAUUGCCAGCCAUUUGAUAGGUUUGGUUCAGGCGGGGUAUACAACGGUACAUAGCACAAUUAUUAUCAUGAUGAAGUAUCUUGCUGAGCUUCCAGAUGUGUAUAAUCAAGUCCUGUUAGUGAAAAAACCAAACGACAGACUUAGCUGGGAAGAUUUAUGGAAGAUGAAGUAUUCUUGGAAUGUUGCGCUUGAGGUGUUGAGGGUAUACACACCAGGAACCGGAAGUUUCAGGGAGGCUAUAACAGACUUAGUGUACGAUGGAUAUACAAUUCCAAGAGGUUCCAAGAUCCACUGGAUUUUCGACGCCACACACAAGAACCCUGAAUGUUUUCGCGAUCCUGAAAUCUUCAAUCCUUCAAGGUUUCAAGGAGACAACAUUGCUCCUUACACAUUUGUGCCGUUUGGAGGAGGAUCGCGAAUGUGUCCUGGAAAUGAAUACGCGAGGCUGGCGAUCCUUGUAUUUCUACACAAUGUGGUGAAGAAAUUCAGAUGGGAGAAAUUAUAUCCUGGUGAAGAAGUUGUUCAUUAUCCAGUUCCUAGGCCAGCUCAUGGACUUCCAGUUCACCUGAUUCCCCACAAGCCUUGA